UGUGUAUGUGUGUAAAACGGCGCGCUCAACAAUAGUGCAUCGUCCCCAAGAAGUUUCGGCGGCCCUCGUAGUUCCUUCUCGUCCGGCUAUCCUAACCCGAGCAGAAGUGAGGAACUGCAGCAGCAGCGGCGGCAAUGGAGAAAGGAAACUCUAAGAAGAAAGCAUCAACUCUCUCUCUGGAGCAAUUCAUCUCACUCAUGGCUCCUCUUAUUGAUUUGGAAAAGGAAACUGAGAUAUCAACCUCAAUCACUUCAGGCGCGUCGAGAAGUUUGGAUACUGCUCAGAAAAGGGGCUCGACAAUCCUCAAUUUGAAAUGUGUUGAUGUCCAGACGGGGCUUAUGGGGAAAUCUCUUAUUGAGUUCCAAUCCACCAAAGGAGACGUUCUUCCUGCACACAAGUUCAGUACACAUGACGUUGUUGUUUUAAAACUCAGCAAGGCUGAUUUAGGUUCCCCUGCUCUUGGACAAGGUGUAGUUUACCGCUUAAAGGACUCCUCAAUAACAGUUGCCUUUGAUGAUAUACCAGAAGAUGGUUUAAAUAGUCCCCUCAGGCUGGAGAAAGUGGCAAAUGAGGUGACAUACCGCAGGAUGAAGGAUGCAUUGGUACAGUUGAGUAAAGGAGUGCAUAAGGGUCCUGCUGCUGACCUAAUUCCUGUCUUGUUCGGAGAGAGGCCACCAACAGUGUCCAAGAAGGAUGUGUCAUUCACUCCAUUUAACCCCAACCUCGAUCACUCUCAGAAAGGUGCAAUCUCGAAAGCCCUAUCGUCAAAGAAUGUAUUUUUGCUUCAUGGGCCUCCUGGAACGGGAAAAACGACCACAGUGGUGGAAAUCAUAUUACAAGAAGUGAAACGUGGAUCAAAAAUUCUUGUUUGUGCCGCCUCAAAUAUUGCUGUUGACAACAUUGUUGAGCGACUUGUUCCACGUAGAGUUAAGCUGGUGAGACUGGGUCAUCCUGCACGUUUAUUGCCUCAAGUACUUGACAGUGCACUGGAUGCUCAGGUACUUCGAGGAGACAAUAGUUCACUUGCAAACGACAUUAGGAAGGAAAUGAAGGCAUUAAAUGGAAAGUUGUUGAAAACUAAAGACAGAAAUACAAGGAGGGACAUUCAGAAGGAACUGCGAACUCUGUCCAGAGAAGAGCGGAAAAGACAACAGCUUGCUGUAACAGACGUAAUUAAAAGUGCUGAUGUGAUAUUAACCACUUUGAUCGGGUCUUUUUCUAAGAAGUUGGAUAACACUUCAUUUGACUUGGUAAUUAUUGACGAAGCUGCUCAGGCACUUGAGGUAGCUUGCUGGCUACCGAUACUGAAGGGUUCAAGAUGUAUACUUGCAGGGGACCAUCUUCAACUGCCCCCAACCAUUCAAAGUGUUGAGGCCGAGAAGAAAGGAUUAGGACGAACCCUCUUUGAACGACUUGCAGAUAUGUAUGGAGAUGAAGUCACAUCCAUGCUUACUGUCCAGUACCGCAUGCAUGAACUUAUCAUGGAGUGGUCUUCUAAAGAGCUCUACAACAGCAAGGUCAAAGCCCAUGCAAGUGUUGCUGGACAUAUGCUGUUUGAUCUUGAGGAUGUGAAGAGGACCUCUUCAACUGAACCGACACUUCUUCUCAUAGACAUAGCUGGAUGUGACAUGGAAGAAAAGAAAGAUGAAGAAGAUAGCACCAUGAAUGAAGGCGAAGCUGAAGUUGCCAUGGCCCAUGCGAAGAGACUUGUGCAGAGUGGUGUUCUUCCUUCUGAUAUUGGAAUUAUUACCCCGUAUGCUGCACAGGUUGUUUUACUCAAGAUGUUGAAAAACAAGGAGAACUCCCUGAAGGAUCUCGAAAUUUCAACAGUUGAUGGAUUCCAGGGAAGGGAGAAGGAAGCCAUUAUUAUAUCAAUGGUUCGAUCUAAUUCAAAAAAAGAGGUGGGCUUUCUAAGUGAUCAUCGCCGAAUGAACGUGGCUGUGACGCGGGCGAGGAGGCAGUGCUGCCUUGUCUGUGACACCGAAACUGUCAGUUCUGAUGGAUUCCUAAAGCGAUUGAUUGAGUAUUUUGAAGAGAAUGGGGAGUAUCAGAGUGGUUCUGAGUAUCAGAAUGAAUAGGCUUACCCCCCCAUGGUUGAGAUUUCUCGAUGCUUUAUGUCAAGAUCAAUCUGUUGCACAGGGAGAUGUUGCUAGUAGGUCUACAAUGGUUUCUCGUAUCCUCCUUAUGCUUGUAUGCGGAAUGCAAGAAAGUUGAUUAAUUUAUAUAAAAUCAUUUUUUUUGUUUUCAUUCUUUAUUUACAGCUUAAAAAAAAAACCAAAAAACCAUGUGGAGGUAGACCUUUUUUAGGUUCAAGUCUAAGCCAUCGUCAUUAGAUUCAUGUUUUGUCC